UCCCGCUUCCAAGUAACACAAACACCAACCAGCAAAAUGAUGAAAUUCUUCGCCCUCGUCCUGUGCGCUCUGUUCGCCGCUGCUGCUGCCAAUCCGGGUCUCCUGGCCUACUCCUCCCCCCUGGCCUACUCCUCCCCCCUGGCCUACACUGCUCCCGUGGCCUACUCCUCGCCUCUGGCCUACACCGCCGCAUACGCCCCCUACGUGGCCCCCUACGCCAGCAGCGUGAGCGCCCACACCGUGGCCCACAGCGCCGCCUUCCCCGCAGUCUAUGCCGCAGCACCAGUGGCCGCUGUCCUCAAGAAGUAGGAUGCCACACGCGUGCCACAGCUACAACA